AUGUAUCUGGGUCGUUAUCAGUACCAAGCUCCCCCAUCCAGCGGGUCCGGACGGACCACUCCAGGCAGCAACACGACCUCCCGCCCUCCGUCCAGAACGAACAGUAUUCAUCGUUCAAACUCUCAGACGACGCCCGCGCACACUUCCCACCCAAGGCCCGUGUCUCAGGGAUCAGCAAGUCGCUCGCUGCCCAUGACCUUCAGCCAGUCGGCUCGCCGUAACCCAUCUGACGCUGCAACACCCAUGCCGUUGAGCCAGCCUCGCCGUGUUUCUUCCAACGAGAACCUUCCCCCGUCCAUCACUGCUGGGAUACGCAGGACCAGGGACGACUUUGAGUCUGAAUCCGACGUGAACACUCUCCAGCUCAGCGGUCAGGAUAUCAAACGCUUCAAGUCCGUGGCCGACACCAUCGCCGCGUCCUUGGAAAUUGACAAGAAUGUCCUUCAUGAGUUUGUCGAGCUCGGCAACAUAGUUCCAAUGCUCAUUGAUAUCCGAGCCCACCAAGAAGCGGCGACGAUGUCUAACGAGGACAAGACAAGACAUAUGUGGGACAACAAGCUCCAGUCAAAGGACUACCGGAGCAUGGUCACCGUGCGCUUGACAGCCGCCCUGGUGUCCUCAAGUCUCACUGCCUUUGUCGUCAGGUUCACCGACGAAGUAAUGGCAUUCAUUAGCCGGAACCCUGCUGUCUUCGGCGUCGACGACAGCGUCCUCAAUGACCAUCACCUACAGCGGAGUCUCUACAGGUUCAUCUCAAGUGCAAGCGGAUCGGUUCGAGGUUCCAUCAAAAACCUUGUCAUCGACUCCAUCCUCAAAGACUGGAGCAUCAUCGAGUUGUGCAGUCGACUCGCGGCAUCCGCGCAGCGCAUGCCCACGGACUCCUCUCACUGGCGAAAGUGGGCCACGGUUCGCUUCUUCACUCGGCAAUUCCUCAUUGGUAUCGGUCACUUCGACAAGCCCCGGACAGUUUCCUUGGACCAGUUGUACAGUGCCCAGAUUGCCCCCUUCCUGCACCCUGAUCUCUACUCCGUCAUUAGCCAUAAGCUUGGCAUUGACGUUCGUGCCGACGUGGCUGAUGCCGGCGGCGAUGGUCAGCUCUCGGGGCUUGGCCAAGGCCUUGACGAGGAUGGUCACCUCCCCCCUGAGGAUCUCGCGCCUCCUGUGUCUGGUCCCACGGAUGCCGACGAGCCCAUCGGGCCAGUGAACGGGGAUGAUAGGGACUUCCUUCCGGAAACCCAGCCCCAGGACAGCUACGAUUACCCGUACCAGGUGAACGGUGGCGAAGAACCCGAGGACUUGCCUGAUGAUGACACCGGCAACGACACCGUCGGCAAUGACUCCAUCGGUGCAGUUAACGGCGACGAUUCCUUCUUCACCAACAUCUCUGCAUCUGAUGUCCAUGUCUCCACGCCCAUUGAGACUCCACGGGUCCCACCAUCCGGCUUUUUCCCGGUCACUGCCGCUGACGGUCAGGUCACCCCGACCCAAUGGACGAUGAGGGAAUACUGGGACUACAUGGACAGUUCCUUCGGCAACCUCCGCAGGCUUGCGUUAUCCCGUGUCCGGAAGAACCCAAUGCCUGGCUUGACGCUUGACCGCGCUCGCGAUGCUGAGGAUAAUCACUGCGUUUCGCCCGUGUCUGGUCUCACCCUUGUGGUUCUCACGAUUAUUGUAGCUCGGUUCCCCGCAUCUAGCCGCCGGCUUCGAGUAGCCAGCUUCUUUGCGAUCAGAACCACCAUCUCUUUCUGGUCUUCUCUACGCCUCGAGUAG